CUGCAGCUGAGAGGAGGAGAACACGCCGACCUGCACGUGUUUGGAAUGGAACCAGGACAACUUAGACAAGUUACCAGACCCGACAACCGACCCAGAAUCACGGACGUAAAAGAAACCAGGUCUUAAAUCUCUGUUUAUCCCCCAACAAACACAAACCGAGCUCCACCGGGACCUACCGUCCGGAGUGAACGAGGCUGGAGGCGUGCAGAGGAGAACAUCUACAUAAAAUCUCAUCCCUCUGCUGCUGUGACCUGGCAACCCACGACCUGACUGAAGGAGUGAGCUGAGCUCUGCACGAGCGAAAAGACCAGAGAAGAGCUACAUAGAGGAGGAAGACUUUGACCUCUACAUGUGAUUUACCCGGCAAGAGGAACAAGUUGGACAUCAGGAGGUAUGAGGGGACAGAUCGUCUCUCUGCUGGUGACUUUCCUUUUGGGGGGCCUGGUUACUAAUGUCUUCUGGUACAGCUCCCAGGACGGCAAUGUGGUCCGUCACUCACCGGUCCCUCAGAGAAGACGGGCCCCCAAGACCUACGACAUCUGUGAAGGCUGCAAGGAGCUCAUUGAGAACAUCAUGCGGCGUUACUCUGAAACCUGGCGGAAACGGGACGAUAAUCAACUAAAAUUCAGACUUAAGCUGAGAAGUCAGUGCAACGGUUUUGACAACGCCAUCCUCACCCAAGCCAACGCUCCGGUGGGAUUUGAGGUUGUUGUUGACAAGAAGAAGAAGAAGACAAUCCCGGUGACUCGCGAGCUUUUCAGCCUCCUUGCAAAGGAGCAUCCUUUUUUAAAUAAAACAUGGGGCACCUGUGCUGUUGUUGGGAACGGAGGGAUCCUGGAAGACAGCCGCUGUGGAAAUAUGAUCGACUCAGCUGAGUUUGUCUUCAGGUGCAACCUCCCACCUUUGGAGAACGGUUACGAGAAGGAUGUUGGCACCAAGACCAGUCUGGUGACGGCAAACCCAACCAUCUUCAUUGAGAGGUAUGGGUCUCUGAUGAAACAUCGCCGCCCCCUUGUGGAGAAGCUGAGUACCUACGGCAACUCUCUGCUGCUGCUGUCCCCGUUCUCCUUCCUCGGCUACAUGGGUGUCACCCUGAGGGCAGCUUACACCAUCAAUGACUUUGGUGGUCCCACCCAGCCUGCCUUCUUGAACCCAGAAUACCAACACAAACUGGCCACUUUCUGGCGUGUGCAACAACACCUAAAAGAAGCGCGGCUGAGCACCGGUCUGAUGAUAGUGAGUUUGGCCCUUGAACUCUGUGACAAUGUGCACCUGUACGGGUUCUGGCCUUUCAGUAAUCACCCCCAAGGACUCCAUAACCUGAAGCACCACUACUACGACGACAGGCCGCCUAAAACAAAGUUCCACGCCAUGCCUGCUGAGUUUGAGUUCCUGCUGCAGCUGCACAGUCAGGGAGUGCUCAGGCUUCAUCUAGGAGAAUGUCGACCUGGGGAGGAGUAGACCUUUAGACCGCUGAUGGUGCUGAAGCAACAUGCUGGGAUGAAGCCAGAAACUCAUGAGGACUUUAAUGGACUUCUAAGCGGAUCAGUGUUGGCUGAUGACAUGAACACUUCACUGUAAGGAGAAACCCAACGAUUGUUUAGAUAUAGUGGACUGGUCACUGGCAGCCGUAGUGACUGGUCAACUAUUCAAACAGAUUCUUGUAGUUGUUUACUGAAGGAUUAUGCAAUGGAAAAUGUAAAUUCAAACAAUAUUUUUGUCUUGCUUUGAACAUAAUCUUUAAAAAAUGUGUAUUGAAUAACUGUUUUUAUGUGCCCUUGUAAUGUUAUUAAUGUUUGUAUAAAUAAAGUUAUAUAUAAGUUAAGUAUUAA